AGCUGCAGUGCAUCAGUGCUUGUCAAAUUGCUAAGGUUAAGGCAGACGGCAAAAAUAAAACUAUAUUUACAAAACAUAAAGUUACAGUUACAAAACCCUCGAUUAUAAAUCAUUGAUAGUGUUAUUAUUUACUCCACUGUUCCGGUAUAAAUACAUACAGGACGCGCAUUUGUUAAAACACGCUUUUAUUGGCAAUUUCGAUGCAUGGUUGACUGCCGAUGUUCAAUUUGAGAUAAAGAUGCAAAUUUUUAAAUCGUGCUUGAUAGCUUUCUGAUCGAUAUAUUUGGAAUAUGUACUUCACGAAGAAGCAAAUUAAAGAAUAAAAUUAUCAAAACUUUUUAUAUUUAUACAAAUUUAUUUAACUUGUGAGAGUAUGUGGAAUGCAUUGAAUUAUCAGUCACAAUGUUCAAAUUGGAAUCAUAUAUAACUCCAGUGAUUCUUAGUUAUGUUGAAAAGUAUGUGAAAAAUUUUAAACCAGAACAAUCUCAGGUUUCAUUAUGGGGUGGCGAUGCAUCAUUUCAAAAUCUUGAUUUACGAUUGGAAGUUUUGGAAGAACAACUCAAUCUUCCUUUUGUCUUUGUUAGUGGUCACAUACAUGAAUUGCUUAUUCAUGUUCCCUGGGUAAAAAUUACUUCUGAACCAAUUGUUAUUACAAUAAAUACAAUAGAAUGCAUUUUAAAAUUGAAAGAUGAUACUAAAGUGGAAGCCAGUACUUCUAGAGUACUGAGAAGACCAGAGAUGCCACAGGAAGUAACAUUACCUGGUUACAUAAAAAGUAUAGUAACAAAAGUUGUAAAUAACAUAACAAUUAUUUGUAAUAAUCUAAUUCUAAAAUAUGUGGAAGAAGAUAUUGUUCUUAGCGUCAAUGUCAGAUUUCUUAGUAUGCAAACUGUUGAUAACAAAUGGGAACCAGCAUUUACUGAUGUCAAUGCAUAUGAAGUUUUGCUUAGGAAAGUUAUUACUAUUCAGGACCUAACUUUAUGUUUAGACAAAAUGGAUGCUUCUGGAAAAAUAGAAAUAUAUCAGGAUCCUGUUCUAUAUCGAUGUUCUGUUAUAAUACGUUUAAUCAUAAAAUAUCAUAGCAAUACAGCAAGAAGACCUGCCAUUACGCGUUUAGAUCUUGAUUGUCAAAAAAUGGAAUUUAGCAUAACAGAACAACAAAUACCAAUGUUGUUGAGACUAGCUGCUUUGAUAAUGGCUUUGCAAACAAAACAAUUUCCAUCCAAUAGAGAAGAAUCAUUAAUUUCUGUAGAGGAAAGGGAAGAGAACACUGAAGGUGAUACUGCAGACACAACAGAAUGGAGCGGAUGGGCUUGGAACAUGGUAUCAUCUUUGUUACCUUUUGAUUUGGACAAUGAUUGGUCUGCAGAACAACAAAUGGCUUAUUCUGAACACACGAUUCAUUUGGGCAUAUAUGUCAAAGAUGCCACAUUAACUUUUAAGACAGUUGAAAAUAUUAAGGAGCAAUUAUUUUAUAAGUCGCGCAAACUCAGAUACAAAUCAUUCCUAACACUGGGAUUAAAUGGCGUGAUGGUAGAUACGUUAACUAAAGGAAUUCAUGUGACUAGUUUUCAAAUUGUAAUGAGUCGUAUACUUAUAUAUCCAAGAGGAAAUUGUAGCUGUGGGCAUAUCGAAGUAGUUGAUGGAGCACAACCACCCUUAUAUCUAGUAGCUGGAAAAUUAAAUCCUGAUUAUUUAAAAGAUUCAUUAUUUGACGAUGAUUCGGUGGAAAAUAAAGGAAAGGAGAGAAAUUACGAACGUGCGAAAUAUUACCACUUAAAUCCAGUUUCAGAGUCAAAACUAAAAGAGCGAUGUCCCGCUUUCGUUAUGAAUUAUGCUCAUUACAUUCAAAUACCAAGUGAUAUCAUUCCUGAGAAGCUGGCAGAAUUUGGAUCUAAUUUUGAAUACAGCGAUUUAAAAGAAUGCAGAAAUAUAAGGUAUAAAAUUAGUAAUUUAACAAUUCGACUAUGCUCAGGCGUUCUUCAUCGUAUCGAUACAAUAAAGCAAGCUGCCGCGAAUUAUGAUUAUAAUCCAUAUAUUGUAACAAAACCAGAUCCACUCGUGGAUGAACUUCCACCAGUUACAUUAGAAGAAUAUGAAAACUUACAAAAAAAUGUACCUAAGGUUGAAACAAGAUUAGUGGUAGAGAAAGCGUCUCUUCAAUUGCAAUUAGCCGAUCACUCUAUUACUGGACUACCACGGCAGCGAAACAUUGUUGAAAGUCGAACGGCGCCUUUAGCACCUGCUUUUACAGACGAUCCCUUCAUGAGUAUUGAAUGCGACGAAGCAAUGAUAGGUGUGAUACAGCCCUUGUAUCCAUUUAGACUUGCCGCGUGUGCCUCAAAGCAGACUGAUCUUUCAACAGAAAUGUUUCGCCAGUGCCAUAAGAGUAUAAUGCUACAGGUACAUGGAGGAAGGAGUCAACUUUAUCUAACUAAAAAUUCCCACACAUCGAUAAUAAUGCCUUACUCUGUUAAAUGUAAUGCCAAAAAGUUGCUUUAUCCACAGUAUUGGAAGAAUGUUGAUUUAAUACAUGAAACGUAUUCAGCACAUAUAGAUAGUAUUACAGUUACUGGAACAAAAGCAAAAUUAAUGGUUGCCGCAUCUAUCGUGACUUCAAUUUUCAAUCCCACGGACGCAACAAAUCCCCUUGUGUGUUCUUCUUUAUUCACCGAUGCCUAUCAAGAAACAAAUCCCAUUUAUUUGGAGUUGUUAUUGGAAAAUAUAAAUAUUAAAAAAUUAUCAUCUAUGAUUACAGUUUCGAAUGAAAUAAGUAUAAGUUCUGUAAAAAUGUUUGCUUUACACGAGAUGCAACAGGCCCUUAUAUUCUCAGGCCCUGAAAGCAAUAUUCAUGGCGAGGUAGAAAAUAAAUCACUCCUGACAUCUGUGAUACAGUAUCCAAAAGAUGUUGAGAAACAAACACAUCCACCUCUUAUUUCACUUCAAAUGGCAGACAUCCGAGCUUCGCUCGAUCCAUUGUUCUUCAAAUGGCUCGAGUAUCGCGUUACAUAUUAUAAUUUAGGCACUUUGUGUACUAUAAGGCCUGAAACGCAACAGCAUUUCGAAGGUACAUCCUCCGAUACUGGCACCAAAAAAAAGACGUUUCCCAGUCUGCACGAAAGUGUCCACAGUUCCUCGGACAAGGAAAAAAGGAAAUCAGUUGUAAUGACAGAGAAAUCAAAGACUUUGCAGACUGAUGAGACCCAAAAAAAACUUGACGCAAAAAUUAAAGGCGAACGACAGAACUUACAGAAUUUGGGAAUAUUGGCCAGAUUAGCAAAAGUGUAUCCAUGGUGGUGUGGUCUAGUAUUAAGUGGUUGUGUUGGACAUAUUGUCAUUUACAUACCGUCGACUACAAUGAGUGGCAUUGGUGCACAUGGCAUAGAAGAAGCAAAGGACAAAGCACUAAAAGCCGAUAAUAAUCUACAAAUGUUAAUAAUAAAGUUACCCAGCCUUCUUGUUCACUCAUCUAAUAUAAAUUUUGAACUGCUAGCACCUCAUCUUCAGAAGUUGCCUGUUAAGCUACCAAAAUCAAUGUGGACAAACAAGUUGCAAAGUUUCCCGUGGACGUUGAGCCUCGUUGAAUUUCAUUGCUACAUGUUACAACAACAAACGCAAAAGAACUUAAUCAAGAAAGUGUCAUUGAACGCCACAGUUGCUCUUACGACUAAAAUUUCAUCCCAAUCAGGAGGAAAUGCAUUGUCUGCUUUAGGCGUUUGUGUUCACAUCGACAACUCUCCUAUCAUCAUUUCGAUCUCUGAAGAACAGGUAGUUUUCAUGAAUAAAGUAAUUACAAGUAUUUUAAGCGUAUUGCGAGUUUCAACCGGUACUAAUAAAAGUGUUAUAGCUAGUACUCAAAUAAAUACCGAAACACAAGUAGUUCUGCCUAUCAUACCACAAACUCCAUCUACACCGACACAAUUACUUUUCCCUGAAGAUACAACUACAAACUCAACCGUUUCAACUUCAAAAGAUGACAUUUCACAAGAAUCGGAUGAAUUACUUUUGACGGCGUGGAUCCAGUGGACUAUAACAAAAAUCGCAAUUAAAUUAUACGUCACAGAGAAAGAAAAUGCGUCCUCGUUAAAAUUGGUCCUCGAACUAGAAGACAUUAUUACUUCUUUAGACUUGCAACCUGUCUAUCUUAAAUUGAAAAGCAAAAUUACAACUGCCACCGUAUUCCACUAUACUAGAGCACCGAACUCAUCAACUUGGGAUAUUGGGGAGUAUGGAGGUGCAAUACUUUGUGGAAGAGAAGAUAACAUGGAAAAAGGUGAUGACUCUGGGUUUCUUAGUUUCACCAUGACCAGGGCAAAAUCGGGAAAUGUUCAUACGCGGUGGGGUAUCCAUAAACGACAUAAGACCCAGAAGAAAGAUACAAUGGCAGAAAGUACAUUAUCUACUAAUAAUUAUAUUUCUGAAGUAGUUGUGAAGAUGCAAAUGGUGGAUAUAAUUUUGCCACUUACUGUAGUCAGUAAAUACAUGCAACUAUUAAAACCUUUUACUUGUUUUUAUCAAUCCAUUGAGAAAGAUACAGGCGAAACUCCUGAACAAAAUGUAACACCGCAUUUAACUAGCGUCGCUACCCUCGAUAACGAAGCGUUACCAUUGAUAUAUCUCGAUUUCAAAGGACUCAGGCUGAUGUUGCCUGUCUCGAAUAUAAUGAAAUUCAAACCACAACAUGAUUUGUUAAUGCUUCAGUUGGAUGGAAUUCGUAUCACUCCGCACGCGGAAAAUCCAAUUUGCAGAACACCUUUGAGAUUAGAUAUAUAUCAACUUGCAGCUCAGGCGAAUAUUCUAAGUAUACCAGGCUCGGCUGUGGAAGAUCGACAAUACCAAAUUAAUGUUAAAAGCAUAUGUGCUCAUACGACUACUUGGAAAAACUAUCAAAUCAGUAUUAACAAGAAGUUAUCACAAUCGUAUCUUUAUACCAUGAAUGAAAAUCCUGCGUUAGAAUGGAACAAACUUGGCCACGGAAAUAGUUUAGAACAACAAUUUUCCAUGCUUCCUUUAUUAUCAAAGUUUGAUCUGUGCUUGAUCAUUGCUCCGCCCGUUUUAUUUAAACCGGAUAUAACAGUAUGUGGAAGUGCUGUUGAAGUGAAUUGCAUUACGGACAUUGAAGUGACAAUAAAUUUAGAUCAAAUUCAGUUAAUUUCAAUUUUACAUAAUGAAUUUAGAAACUUAUUACUGGGAAAUUUUGAACAUAAAAGUGCAACUACGUCUAGCAAUACAGUGCAUAAGAUUUCGUCAACCAUGGGAAGUGUUAAACAAAUUACGUGGACGAAGCAAGCUUCCACUGAUAUCGAUGUUGAUUUUACUAAGGAUAGUGGCAUUGAUUUUGAAACAUCCAGUGUGAAUUCGACGAUUGUCGGUAAAUCUCCACUUCAAGAGACUUCUUUACUUUUACCUUUUGAAUUCUUAGUAAAUUGUGGCAAAAUAACAUUCGUACUUUACGAUAUUCAAAAAGUGUCUACCGAAUACGAAGUCGAUAUCAAUGAAAUUGAAGAAGACGAGGGCAAAAGUCAGAAACUACCACUACUUUAUGUAAUGGUUAACCAACCAAAUAUUUAUUUUUCGCAGCAGCAUCCAUCGCAAAAAAUCCAAGUAUCGUGUUUUGAUAUGACCAUGGCACUUGGAGAAAAGGAAAAUCAAGAAAUAAUUUCAAUACCGACAGAAAAAAACUUCAAAGUGUUUAUGCUCGAAACAAAAAAUGGCGAUUUGCAUCCAGAUACAGGUAUCCCGCCAUCUUUUGUGACAUUGAAAUAUGAGAAAACUUUAGGAAAAAAUCCACAGUUCUCCAUAGAUAUGGGCAGACCGACAAAAAUUUAUUUCUCUCUAUCAAGACUGAGUCAAAUAUACGCUAUGCAAAAUAAGAUAUUGUCAUGCUUGAUGAACUUACAUGAAGCAACACCAACAGAACAGUUUGAUGACGUAAAGGUGUCUUCUGUAACAAAACUGAAAAAACUGAAUUGGCCUGAUUUUAACAUAAGUACAAAACAAGUUGUAUUAUCUCUCAAAACUGAUUCCGGUGCUGAGAUAAUAAUUAGUUUAGCUUUACUGUCUGGAAACAUCUCAUCUCUUCUUAGGCCUGAUAGAAUAUAUUCCAACACGGUCAUAGACUCUUUCAUCAUAUCAGCAAUUUUAAAUGAAAAUAUAAAAGUCCUCUUGAAUCCAUGGUGUUGUAAUAUUACGCUUUGUUUGCUUUGGGAACCAUGGCAAAAUGCUGACUCUAUUCCCCAAAUACAAAUACAGGCAGAUAGCGAUAGCCUUUAUUUAGAUUUCGGACCAGAGCAAAUAAAAAUUAUAAAGAACGUUGUAGACGAUUGUCAAUUGCUCCUAAAUGAAUUAACGGCCUCUCCUUCGAAGAACAAGAGUAACGAGAAACAGAUUGUACUGUCCACUGAGCAACAUUAUAAAGACGAUCUUAAAGCAGGAGCGUUCCAAUUUGUAAACGGUAAUGCGGACGAACUACCUUUCCCGUAUCAAGUUAUAUUUUUCACCUAUCCUCAACAAUCGAUGGCUUGGAGAUACCCACAACCAAGGACAUUGACACGAAUACAUGUAUCACCAGUUCCAUUUGAAGUAAGUAAUUUCACUUAUAAAUUUCUCCCUCAACUAUACCCUGUACUAAGUACAAUCUGUCUUUUACAGACCCUAGACUCCGAUAACGAUUACAUCGACAAAGUACAUUGCGCUCUCGAAUACUGGAGCGACUGUCACAUGUCCUAUCAACGUUACAUCGACUUCUAUUUAUCAGAGACGGACUCGUACCGUUUAGAAUUACCUGAAAAAGCUCCAGCGCGAGCAGUAGCUUGCAUAUGGCGCGUAGUUUUGUUAUCCACCAGUAACCGACCACUGUCCAAAACGAUCAUUUCAGCGCGUAUACUUGCAGCAUGCUUACGUAUCGAUUCGUACUUCAAUUCUUCAAUUAUACCAAACAUACAAGCCGCGCUGAACAUCGGUGUCAUACACGUAUCUAUGUACAAUCAUGUUAACGCUGACAUGCACUACAGUACUUUGCCACCUCCGUUGAAAAAUUACACUUUGAAAGGUACGAUCCCUGAGACUCAAUGCUUCAUGUCUUUAGAACAUAAGGAGGCUAUCUUCGUACUUAACAGAUGGAUAGAUGGUUCGAUGUUGAUCGAUAUUAAUGGUAUAUUCGGUGUACACGUUCUAGACUAUGGUCACUUGACCAUGCAGGAAAUACUCGAUCCCUUCGAAGCAAGAUUUCAGCUGUCUUUAUCAGAUAAAACGGAUAUAUCCUUGAUGUGUAGUCCUUUCUCGUUGAAGAUAUCACCGACGAUAACGCACACGCUUGCAGUUUCGGCCCACUUAUGGUUCACAUUCCUAGAAGAGGAAAACAAAAAUAUGAUUUUAUUCACACGUUAUGUAGUAGCCAAUGACAGCAACGUGUCCAUUCUCUUUGGUCAAAGUGGUGCAGUGGAUAAUAUACUAUUGGAGAGCAGGCAGUGUACUUUUUACUCGUGGCGACAUAUCAGCAAUAAAAUGAUACGGAUAGCGAUAGAAGAAAAUGUUUGGUUGUGGAGCAAACCCUUCUCUGUUGGCACAGAUGGUGUUCAAGCGGUCGAAUUUCACAAUUCUGUAACCAAAGCAGCGGCGUUUGUAAGCGUUACGUCGCUUUCUGCUACGCAAAAGCUCGUAACGUUCUCUGGGCAGCUUAUAAUCUCCAAUCAAUUAACCGACAACUUCGAAAUGAAAUUAGUCAAGUACGAAGGCGACAUUGGAUCCAAGGUAAAUGUAUUGAAGGAUGUCUAUACGAUUUAUGGCAAAAGUCGUCCGCCAUCCGUGGUACUCGACGGAAAUAAAAAAAUGGCAAUACGUUUACGGUUCACCAGCAUGGCUAAUCUGUCGUGGACAGGGGAUAUCCCUCUCCAACCUAAUGCCAAAUGGGGACAACCGUGGUUAGUCAAAGUACCAUGGCAAGAACACGGCCAAUUUCUAAGUAUUUGGGUACGAAUAGUAACGCAGACCAUUCAGGACAGAGUGAAGGUACUAGCUGUACUCAGCCCACUUUACAUGAUUCGAUCACACCUACCAGUACCAGUCAGAGUACAGAUGGACACGCCCUCAUUGAAGAUAUCUUUGAGCACUAUGGUAAAUGGCAGAGGCGAACGACAACAACUGUAUUGUCCAGGGACAUUUGAACACUUUCAUCAGUUAACAUUUCAAUUGGAAUCCGGAGUUUCCACAUCUAAUCCAUACGUGCCGUUGUCUUACAGUUCUGUGGAUCAAAGGAAAUUUUUCAGGAGACCUGAAACUGAAGAUAUCGAUAAUAUACUGAAAGAUCUCGACAGCGAAAGCGAAGAAACAGAGUGGCCCUUCCAGAGUGACCUGAUUGAGGACUGGAUAUCUGCAGAGCAACCACAGACACACGUGCAAGUGAAAUAUCAGGAUGCUGGGUUAGUCUCGAGUACUUUGUUGCUAGAAUUACAACCCUGGUGCUUUAUAUUGAACUCCAUGGGAUGCCACUUGUCUCUCGUGUCAGAGGAUACCGAACUUUGCCAAAUUCCUCAUUAUGGUAUCGUAACACCACCGAAAUUAGAAGGUACCUUUCAUUUAUGCGUUGGAGUUGGCGAUACAUUCUACACAUCUCAAGCUCUCCAAUUGGCGCGUCCAGACUGGAGCCAAAGCUUUUACAUGCCACGAAUCGGCGGACUGAUUCCUGUUGAUGGAAACGUUAAAACAUGCGUGGACUGCGGCUCGAGUGUCUCUAUAAUGAACAUCAAUUCGAAUAUGCACGAAGAUAUGCGCCUGAUCCGCAUAACAAGUAGUCAUGUCAUCAGCAAUUUAACGUCCCAAGAACUGUACGUCGCCACAUUAGCAGUGCACGAAGAUGCAAACAAGUUAGAACUGCCCAACGAUCUCACACUUUACAGCCUCAAUAUUUCACCCAUGGAAGACCAGAAACAAGGGAUACCGAUUACGCAAUGGUAUACAUUGUACAUGGAUGACAUCAUGGAGCCUCUUGUACUUUACAUUUCGUUGAGUUUAGGGCAUAAAUGGUCGUGUCCCAUUCGAGUCGAUCAAGGAAUGAGUCGCAAGUGCGUGGCUGUUCCAAAUGGUUCCAGUACUCUGCCAGUAGUUAUCACAACCCAAGAGGAUAAAGGCACAACGUACAUAAUGAUCCACAUCGAUCAUCAUCCUCAAUUGCUGAUCGAAAAUACCUGUGCUUUCAAAAUUGUCUUGGGCCAGGCUAACGAUACGUCUGAUGGAAUAAUACCAGACACUUCUCACUUCUCAUGGAUUUGCGAGGUUGAAAGUAACGCCACGUGCCAUUACUCAAUUCCAUCCGUUAGUAACAGGUUACCCGAUGCACCUGUCUCAAACGUGUCAAAUGUACUACUAUUUUCUGCCAUAACAAGUAGUCAGAACGAGCAGUCGUCAAAAAACAGAGACCUGCGAUGGUCGAGGGUUAUAAAUCUAUCUGCAAUAUCAAAUGCCUCUGUAGAUCAAUAUGUAAGGCUACCAUCCUAUGGCGAUGUGAAGCUGAUCAUGCAAAACUGUUGUUACACCACGAUUAUCAAUGUAGUACCCAUAUCACAAGUGGAAGUGUCUGCACGAGACAUUAGAAGUCGACUUUUGAGCAAGGAGAACGAUACAAAGGAUGUAGAAAUAAUGGAUAGCACGUUCAUCGAGCAACUGGACGAUGAUAAAACGAUAAUAAAUGUACACAGCUCCGAUAGCUCGACGUCAGUGACCACUUUCUUCUCGGCUCAGGACGACAAUUUAAUGACGGAAGCUGCCUCUCCAUCGCAAAUCAAUUUAAGACAAUUAAUUACAAAUAUGGAUAACGUAAAAGCUACCGCAAACGAUGAUGUGAAACCUGACGAAUGUAAUUCGAAAAAAGGUUCUGCGACCGUUUGUCUUCGCGGGGUUACUAUUAUUCUCAUGCACGACAUGAAUGAAAACACACAAAGGAUCGAAGUUGCAAGUUUAUCCAUGACUGAUGUAAUAGUCACUGUUACAACGAGGUCUAAAAUCAUCAACCUCUGUACUUUCAUAGGCGAUUUACAAUUCGAUAAUCAAUUAUUCGAUCAAGGAGGUUUUGACUUCCCAGUGGUAUUGAUAAGUCAAAGUCCUCUUGUCACGAAGGGAAUGGGGUAUUAUACGAACAAUUGUUUAAUGAAUAAAAUAAAACAAAUCAGAGAGAAUUCCUUAAUAGCUAUUGAUUAUGUUUUGGAGAAACAGGGACAUUUAAAAGCAUGGAAAGAAAUUUAUUUAAAGAUUGCACCCAUUAGCGCCUACAUCGAGGACACGUACAUAGCUCAAUUAUUGACCUACGCAACUUCAAUGGUACCACCAAGACUCUUAGUAUCAGAUGACACAAAGAAGCUACGAACAUUAAUUUCGACUACUGGAGUGUGCAUACCUGAUUACAUAAUGGUUGACGCGAAAAUAUUAAGCGCCCCGUUAAGGCUACAAAAUUUAAAAAUAGAACCUGUAUCUAUCUUGCUAAGCGUUCAUACUUUUAUGCGCUUAUAUGUGGCUUUGGAUCAUUCACCUCUGUACUUCGGAACAUUUGAGAAGAAAAAUGUUUUAACUACACCGUACAGGCUUGGUAAUGCACUUACAAUGCAUUAUCUAUCUGGCGCUAUAUUUGGAGCAGGUUGGGUGGUUGGAUCCUUGGAAAUAUUGGGUUCACCAGGAAGCUUAGCGCAAGCCCUUGGCUCAGGGCUUCGAGACUUUAUCUCUCUUCCGUUUCAAGGUUUAUUGCAAGGUCCGUGGAGUUUCAUUGUUGGAAUAACGCAUGGUUCAGCCAGUUUAAUGAGACACGUCACAGCAGGCACACUCAAUUCGGUAACAAAGUUGGCGUCCAGUGUGGCACGAAAUUUAGAUCGCCUGACGCUCGAUGAAGAGCAUCUUCAAAGACAAGAGGAGUCUAGAAGAAUGCGUCCUCAAGGCAUGGCGCAAGGGCUUUAUCAAGGCUUGUCAGGACUUGGGAUGAGCGUUCUUGCUGCGGUGGCUGGUAUCGCUCAUCAUCCCUUGCAACAAGUUUGGUCAGGAGAGAUGACAACUAAAAGUCUGGUGACUGGAGUUGGACUUGGAUUAGUCGGAGUAGUUACAAAACCUUUAAGUGGAGCUGCAGAAUUAGUUGCACUGACUGGACAAGGACUUCUUCAGGGCGCUGGGUGGAAUUCGUUGCCCUCUCCUCGACAACGACCCGUGGUUCAAUAUACAACUGGCAACAACAAUGCGUCUAUUAGAUAUGCUUGGUGGCUGCUACCCUUGUUGGAGAACAACCAUGGCAAUAUUUUACACGUUACCAAUGCAGAUUAUGUCAUCCAACAAGGCAGCAAUCGAGCCGUAACAUUAGUCCUAACAAGGCACGCACUGUUACUAGUUAACGUAGCUGAAGAUAGCGUAGAGCGUAUAUUUUUAUUGAAAGACUUGACGAGUGCUGAUCACCAUCUUGAUUCGACGAUAUGUUUAUAUUGCUCCCCUGAGACAACAGAAACCAACAGACCUGUAUCACCUGCUCCAUUUGAGAUGGAUCAAGAAAUGCGAGCACGAGUGGCGGAAUAUGUGCGAACCAGCAGUACCGGGUUAGCCAGUGUCUCCACAAACAGCGACGGACAGUCUGAUAUUUUUGAAAACGCUACACCUCAUUCUGAUCGUACUCUCACAUUCUACGUUAGUCCAGAUUCGCGUAAUUAUCUAUUAUCGUUACUUAACAUUGCCAAGCGACAAAGUCAGGGUAGCGGGUUUCGAGUCUUGUAACGG